CAACAACAACAACAACAACAUAACCUUUCUUUUGUAAAGUUCAGUGCUGAGCUUAGUGAACUUCAAACUUGAAAUAAGGAAGUGAAUGCAAGCAAACCGAAAGUGUCCUUCAGAAAGCGGUUCUAUUUUAUCUUACACAACUCCCGUUAUCUCAGUACCGUUCAAGACGGCGAAGUCUCAUGUGUUGGCAGUGAUGGGGUUAUUACUCAAUGCAUUUUUGAUAUUAUAUCUUUUCAACUUCUUUCAAACUGGAGUUGUUACUGUAGACUUUCAUUUACAAAAGAAUUACCAUGAACCAAGGGCCUUUAAUAGUGAGGAGCUGACAGAAGUUGCUAAACUAUCGAGCCUCCCUCGCUUUGAUGAAAUCCUCUCUCACAUACUUGUGCCUCGAGUGGUUGGAUCAGAUGGACAUAGGAAAGUCAGAGAGUACAUCACUAGCCAGUUACGAGGCCUGGGCUGGUCAGUAGAGCACCAAGAGAGUGUGCAGACGACUCCGCUGUUUGGUCAGCUGACUUUCACUAACUUAAUUGCUCGGCUGAAUCCAUCAGCUGACAGGUAUCUAACACUGGCAUGUCACUACGACAGUAAACACAUGCGGGAGGGAGAGUUUCUGGCAGCGACGGACUCCGCCGUCCCUUGUGCGAUGAUGUUAGAUUUGGCUCACGCUUUGUCACAUCGGUUGGAGCCUUUUAAAAAGUCGAACUUGAGCCUUAUGUUACUAUUCUUUGAUGGUGAAGAAGCAUUUGUAACAUGGAGUGCAACAGAUUCCCUUUACGGAUCUCGCAGCUUGGCCCAGACUUGGGAGAAGCGCAAGUAUCCACAUGCAAGAUCCGACACUACGGAACUUCACAGGAUAGAUCUGUUGGUACUUCUGGAUUUGCUGGGGACUCCUCAGCCUUCUUUCUACAGUUAUUUCCGCAAAACACAAAGUUGGUAUUUGCAAAUGGUUGCUGCAGAAAGGAGCCUUACUGACAUGAGGCUGUUGAAGAAGAUUAACAAUGAAGUUUACUUCAACAGAAUGCAUCUCGAUGCUCAUAUUGAUGAUGACCAUAUGCCCUUCCUUGAGCGAGGCGUUCCAUGUCUACACAUCAUUCCUACUCCAUUUCCGACAGUUUGGCACGAGCUUUCCGACAACUACAAUGCACUAGACAUGCCAACUAUCGACAACUUAAACAAAAUACUCAGGGUCUUUACUUUAGGCUACUUAAGAGGGGGUGCCAGAACUAAAACAAAAAGGCCUAGAAAUGUAGAUGUUUCUACAUAUGACUUAUAACGUCCAAACUGUUUUAAAAUAGGAGACUCGGCAAACCUACUGUACUGAUCUAUAGCCAAUGAAAAUUAUGUAACAUAACUUAACUUGUCACAUUUUCAUUUAAAUAUCAACAUUUUACAUUAGAGUUUAUGUUGGGGUUUAUAAAACUCAAACUAAAGCAUUGACAGGGAUCCAAAACAGUACGGUUUUAUGAAUGACGCUGUUACACAGUUUAUCAAGUUUCUGGUCUCUAACAGUCAAAAGCUUGUUCAGGAACGGAAAUUUAACCGUCCAACAUUUCUAAAGUUGAAAGUUAAGGGCUUUUGUUGGUGAAACUUAGUUCCUCCGUAAUGACAUUCCAACAAAAAAUAUUGUAUAAACAAAAUUUUAAAACAACAUUAGCAUUUUUACAUUUUAAUUACUGUUAAUCCAUCUUGAUAUUUUGGCAGCUUAAGUAUUAUUAGUGUAAGUAUAGGCUAGACAAUGGUUGUAAGGGUAUAGAAUAUUUUUAUAUUUAAUCAAAUGGAUUAGUUUUGUAAUUUAAUCAUACAUUAUGAGGGUGUUACAUUUUGGUAGGUAAAAAUAGAUUUGCUAUAUAUGCUGACGAUGACGAUACUUAAUUUAAUUUAUUUCUGUUAGCUUAUUAGCAUGUACAUGGUGCAGCAUAAAAACCGAUCUAUUUUCUGCAGCACACUGUUCAGCGACAGGUAGUCUGAGGGUGGUUGAAGUAGGUUCGUUUGAAAGCCUACACGAUGCCAUUAUCUGUAGUCAUAGACCAGGGUUGUUGUCACUUGAGCAGCGUGAAUUUGUUUUCGAGUCUUUAAAAAAAAGUAAUGAUUCAGUCAUUGCAACUCAACAGCAUUUCCAUGCAUUCUUUAAUUUAGGUCGACAUGGAGAGGUUCUGUCGCAAAUAUGUGUAUGGAUAAUCAACAAAAUUAAACAGAAUAAUACUAAUUAAUCCGUAUGGAUAAGAGUUAAGAUCGAACCUCAAAAUUAGCGUAAUCGAGCGGUCAGACAUGUUCAAAGCAGAUGCUUGUUUUCGGGAGGGCCCACGAGGAUUGUGUUCCACAGCAGCACAAACUCUAUUGCAUGUUAGUUGUCUGGCAUCCGAUCUGCUUUGGAUGGCUUAUCAGCUUCGUUUUGAACACAGAAGCCGUUGUUAUGAAGUUGGUAACACACUACAUGAGUGUGCUACUUGACGGAAUCCACGUCGCCCUAAUUAAAAAUUAAACAGGGCGUCUACCAGUCGGGAAUUCCGGGAUAUUCGGGAAAAAGUCGGGGACUUUGAAAGGUCGGGAAAAGUCGUGAAAAAGUCAUGAAUUUCGGCCGAAAGUCGGGAAUAAUCUAACCUUUCAAAGUUAGGGAUGAACAGGUUGCAAAACUUUAAAAAAAUGUUCUGGAUCUUAUUUUCCUGAUCAUUGGGACGAGAUUACAUUUGAGGGGUGUGGGAUGAAUCGAAAAUGCAUCGGAAUUCCAAUUCGAUUCAGUGAUGAUCAAAAUAACGAUUUGAAUCAUGGGCAUUCAGUAUCCAUAUACGUUAUUGAAUGAGUAUCCAUAUACGUUAUUGAAUCCGUAUCCAAAAACGUUUUUGAAUCCGCAUUUAUACGUUAUGGAAUCAGUAUCUAUAUACGCUAUUGAAUCAGUAUCCAUAUAUGUUUUUGAAUCAGUAUCCGUACGUUAUUGAAUCCGUAUCCAUACGAUAUUGAAUCAGUAUCUACAUACGGUAUUGAAUCCGCAUCCAUAUAUGUUUUAAAUCAGUAUCCAUACGUUAUUGAAUCAGUAUCUAUAUACGUAGUUGACUGUUACAUCGAUACUGUUACUUUGACUAUCAGUAUCCAUAUAACUUAUUGACAUUAUUCAAAUAAUUGACAUUAAUUAUAUAAGUUAUUCACCGAGACAUUGCUUCGCCAUACAAGUUAUUACCAUCCAAGUACAUGGCAUACACUGAGACAUUGCUUAGCCAUAUACGUUUUUAGAAUUGGUAUCCAUACCUUAUUGAAUCAGUAUCUAUAUACGUUAUUGAAUCAGUAUCCAAAUACGUUUUUGAAUCAGUAUCCAUACGUUAUUGAAUCAGUAUCCAAAAACGUUUUUGAAUCAGCAUCCAUACGUUAUGGAGUCAGUGUCUAUAUACGGUAUUGAAUCAGUAUCCAUAAUUACGUUUUUGAAUCAGUAUCCAUACACUUUUGAGUCAGUAUCUAUAUACGUUAUUGAAUCAGUAUCCAAAUACGUUUUUGAAUCAGUAUCCGAUACGUUAUUGAAUCAGUAUCCAUACGUUAUUGAAUAAGUAUCCAAAUACGUUUUUUAAUCAGUAUCCAUAUACAUAGUUGACUGUAUGUUGACUGUUACAUUGAUACUGUUACUUUGACUAUCAGUAUCCAUAUAACUUAUUGACGUUAAUUAUAUAAGUUAUUCACUAAGACAUUGCUUAGCCAUACAGGUUAUUGCCAUCCAAGUACAUGGCAUACACUCAUACUAAAACAUUGCUUAGCCAUACAGGUUAUUGCCAUCCAAGUACAUGGCAUACACUGUGACAUUGCUUAGCCAUACAGGUUAUUGCCAUCCAAGUACAUGACAUACACUCACACUGAGACAUUGCUUCGCCAUACAGGUUAUUGCCAUACAAGUUAUUGCUAUCCAAGUACAUGGCAUACACUGAGACAUUGCUUCGCCAUACAUGUUAUUGCCAUCCAAGUACAUGGCAUACACUGAGACAUUGCUUAGCCAUACAGGUUAUUGCCAUCCAAGUACAUGGCAUACACUGAGACAUUGCUUCGCCAUACAGGUUAUUGCCAUCCAAGUACAUGGCAUACACUGAUACAUUGCUUCACCAUACAGGCUAUUGCCAUCCAAGUACAUGACAUACACUGAGACAUUGCUUUGCCAUACAGGCUAUUGCCAUCCAAGUACAUGGCAUACACUGAGACAUUGCUUAGCCAUACAGGUUAUUGCCAUCCAAGUACAUGGCAUACACUGAGACAUUGCUUCACCAUACAGGUUAUUGCCAUCCAAGUACAUGGCAUACACUGAGACAUUGCUUCACCAUACAGGCUAUUGCCAUCCAAGUACAUGGCAUACA